AUGGGCUGGCUCUGGGGCUCUUCCGGCGACGACAGCAACAAAGAUAAAGAUCCCCUCCGCAACCUCGACCCCGGUCUACGCGACUUCCUCAAGAAAGAAUCCCCCGUAAAAUACAGCUCCUCAAACCCACCAGCAGCAACAGCAACAGCACCACAACCAGCUGCCGUACCCACGCCCGCCCCCUCGCAGACGCCCACCACGACAUCUAUCUCCGCAGAGGACACCGGGCCGCAAGUCCCAUCUCAGAGCCUGUACAAGGACGGGCGAUACGCGCACCUAUGGAAGACGUACCAGUCGCAAGCCGACGCCGAAUCGACGGCCAAGUCUGACCAGGAGAAGAUAGACGACGUGCUGCAGGGCUACAAGGACCGGAAAGCCGGGAUCGGGCGGGCGGCGCUGGAGAACUGCGCGAUGGAGCAGUGGGAGGUGAACGAUUGUUUUUCGAACGGAUCGUGGAAGAGCCGGCUCACCAUGUGCAGCGCGGAGACGAGGCGCAUGGAGCGCUGUUACAUGAUGCAGGGGAAAUUCCUAAAGGCUUUGGGAUACCUCUCGACUUUUGACCGGCCUCCCGAAGUCGACGAGCAGAUCCAGAUGCACGCCGAUACGCUCUACCACCGCAUGCUGGCGCAGGAAAAAGCCAUUGAAGACGCUAAAACCGAAGGGAAACCCGUCCCUGAAUUUCCGCCCUUGCUCUCCAAGUCCUCGUCCAAGUUGUCUGGGGCGGAGCAUCUGAGUGAGGAGGACAAUCAACUACAGGUUUCGGAUCUGCCGAGAAAAAUGCAGGCCGAGUUCAAGAAGAGGUUAGAGGGGCUGAGUGACGAGGAGAGGGAGGUCGAGCAGAGAGCUAUAAAGGCCGAGAUUCAAGCUGGUGAGCAAGUUGCAAGGAAUUUAGGAGGGGUUUUUGAGAAGCAGGCGGAGGAGCGGCAGGCGAGGAAGGAACAGGGGAAGGAGACCAUUGGGGAUAAGCUGGCAUCGGUCUUUGGAUUCCGGUGA